AUGAAAACUAUUUUUCUCGUACUUGCUGUAACUUUUGCGAUUGUUUCGAGCGAACCUGAACCUGGUAUCAAGGAUGGCCACCAACCUCCUCCCUACAUAAAUCGUCCAAAACCACCGUCAAACCCUUUGCGUUUCCGUCGCUCACCUGAGCCUCAAGGAUCAAUCGUUCUACAGGGACAGAAACCUCUGAAUGGACCAGAACGUAGACCUACAUGGAACUUGGACUAUCAGCAUAAUAUCUAUAAAGGCAAAAAUGGACAGAUAAGUGCUGGAGGUGGUGCUUUGAAGCUUCCUGGACAACACGUUCAACCCCAUAUUGGUGUCCAAGGAAAUUGGAUUCUCCGUCGCUCACCUGAGCCUCAAGGAUCAAUCGUUCUACAGGGACAGAAACCUCUGAAUGGACCAGAACGUAGACCUACAUGGAACUUGGACUAUCAGCAUAAUAUCUAUAAAGGCAAAAAUGGACAGAUAAGUGCUGGAGGUGGUGCUUUGAAGCUUCCUGGACAACACGUUCAACCCCAUAUUGGUAUCCAGGGAACUUGGAGAUUCCGUCGCUCACCUGAGCCUCAAGGAUCAAUCGUUCUACAGGGACAGAAACCUCUGAAUGGACCAGAACGUAGACCUACAUGGAACUUGGACUAUCAGCAUAAUAUCUAUAAAGGCAAAAAUGGACAGAUAAGUGCUGGAGGUGGUGCUUUGAAGCUUCCUGGACAACACGUUCAACCCCAUAUUGGUAUCCAGGGAACUUGGAGAUUCCGUCGCUCACCUGAGCCUCAAGGAUCAAUCGUUCUACAGGGACAGAAACCUCUGAAUGGACCAGAACGUAGACCUACAUGGAACUUGGACUAUCAGCAUAAUAUCUAUAAAGGCAAAAAUGGACAGAUAAGUGCUGGAGGUGGUGCUUUGAAGCUUCCUGGACAACACGUUCAACCCCAUAUUGGUAUCCAGGGAACUUGGAGAUUCCGUCGCUCACCUGAGCCUCAAGGAUCAAUCGUUCUACAGGGACAGAAACCUCUGAAUGGACCAGAACGUAGACCUACAUGGAACUUGGACUAUCAGCAUAAUAUCUAUAAAGGCAAAAAUGGACAGAUAAGUGCUGGAGGUGGUGCUUUGAAGCUUCCUGGACAACACGUUCAACCCCAUAUUGGUAUCCAGGGAACUUGGAGAUUCCGUCGCUCACCUGAGCCUCAAGGAUCAAUCGUUCUACAGGGACAGAAACCUCUGAAUGGACCAGAACGUAGACCUACAUGGAACUUGGACUAUCAGCAUAAUAUCUAUAAAGGCAAAAAUGGACAGAUAAGUGCUGGAGGUGGUGCUUUGAAGCUUCCUGGACAACACGUUCAACCCCAUAUUGGUAUCCAGGGAACUUGGAGAUUCCGUCGCUCACCUGAGCCUCAAGGAUCAAUCGUUCUACAGGGACAGAAACCUCUGAAUGGACCAGAACGUAGACCUACAUGGAACUUGGACUAUCAGCAUAAUAUCUAUAAAGGCAAAAAUGGACAGAUAAGUGCUGGAGGUGGUGCUUUGAAGCUUCCUGGACAACACGUUCAACCCCAUAUUGGUAUCCAGGGAACUUGGAGAUUCCGUCGCUCACCUGAGCCUCAAGGAUCAAUCGUUCUACAGGGACAGAAACCUCUGAAUGGACCAGAACGUAGACCUACAUGGAACUUGGACUAUCAGCAUAAUAUCUAUAAAGGCAAAAAUGGACAGAUAAGUGCUGGAGGUGGUGCUUUGAAGCUUCCUGGACAACACGUUCAACCCCAUAUUGGUAUCCAGGGAACUUGGAGAUUCCGUCGCUCACCUGAGCCUCAAGGAUCAAUCGUUCUACAGGGACAGAAACCUCUGAAUGGACCAGAACGUAGACCUACAUGGAACUUGGACUAUCAGCAUAAUAUCUAUAAAGGCAAAAAUGGACAGAUAAGUGCUGGAGGUGGUGCUUUGAAGCUUCCUGGACAACACGUUCAACCCCAUAUUGGUGUCCAAGGAACUUGGCGUUUUUAA